AUGGGUCAAGCACCCGGUAUGGGUGAGGUACUCACCCCGAAGAGGCAGGCGAUCGUAGACCGCCUGCGACGAAGACUCGAGAGUUACCGGCGCAGACAAAACGACUGCAUCCCCAGGUUCGAUCAGAGUUUCAACGGAUUGUGCGAGCAGAACAUACAGGACACCUUGGUGCUGAAGCAACGCUUCCUCGAGAGCAAGGCCAAGCGGCAAGCCAAGAAGACGGACAAGAAGCAGAACGAUCCGAUCGGUCUCUCCAACGUUCACAUGGUGAGUCGCGAUUGGAUAAAUCAUGCAUAUGUUAUCUGUCAGUCUGCAAUCUGCUACGGAAAUCAGCCGAAAUUCCUCAAGAGGACGACCGAGGAGUUGGAGCCAGCCGGUGGUGCUAGUGGCGAUGGUGGCUUCGGCGAGCCGCCGGUUAAGCUGCAAUGCACGCAAGGGCCUCAUCAGCAUCAACAGGGUCCUGGUGGUGGUGGUGGCGGCGGCGGGCCCCAUCACGGCCACGGCCAGCAUCAACCGGGGAACGGCGCGAACUCGACGGGUCCAACGCCCGGUGGUGGUGGAGGUGGUGGUGGUGACGGGAACGAAGGUCUCACCAAGUUUCAGGUUCAGAUCGUACAGCAACUAGAGUUUACAACUUCAGCCGCGAAUAAUUCACAAGCCCAAGCAAUCUCUACGAACGUAACGGUAAAAGCAAUGACGAAUGCAUCGGUGAAAAGCGAUCUUUUAAACGCGUCAUCGUCACCAAAACCCGGUUCAGAUACGUCUGCGUCAGCCGCGUCGAGAUCGCAGCCUGGAAACGGCAACGGUCCCGGAGGUCCUGGCGGGCCCGGAGCAGGUGGCGGCGCCGGUGGCGCUGGCGGUAGCGGUGGAAUCGGUUGCGUUGACAUUGGUAACCUAGUCGAAUGUAAACAGGAACCCGACAAUGAGUUCGUGGAUCUGGAGCAAUGCGCCGCGGCAUUAGAGAAAGAUGCUGCGGCGAACGGCACCGGUUUCCCCGGCUUCUCUGAAUUCAUGGGCGAUGACACCGGCGACGAGAUCAUCACGUCGGAUGCAUUCAAGGAUCUCAUUUCCGAAAUUUCGGACUUUCAUCCGGAGUUUAUGAAGGACUUUGAUUUUGAAGAUAAGAGCGUCGAUACGCUGCAGCAACAACAACAGCAACAUGCCAACGGCGCGAACAACGGCGUCAAUAGCAACAACGUCGGCAGUAACAACGGUAACGCGAUGCCGGCUAACUCGAGUCCGGGCACUCUCGGGUCCUCGCAAUAUUCUCCCGCUCGACUUCCUUACUCUGGAUUAGACUUCAAAUCUGAGAUGAGCCCGGCGGCGCAGACGCUCAAGCAGAUGGCCGAGCAGCAUCAGCACAAGAGCCAUCCCAGUAGUACCGGCCCUACCGGUGGACAAAACCAGGCCACGGCCGCGGGGACCGGCUCGUAUCACAAGAACAAUGGCACUCCGACUUUCCAGAGUCAGCAGACCAACGAUAUGUUCGUCAGUUCGCAAACUCAGUUUGCUGCAGGCCUCACGGAUAUGAAGAGGCCCCAACCAACUGCGACGGGCGGCAAGCCCGGCAUGCUGGGGCCUAGCGGCGGUUACAAACAACAAUACUCGCCGUAUGGUAGUCCGGGUUCAAUGCCGAAUCACGGUAGCCCGGGUUAUCCGUUACCACCGAGAGGAUCGCAAGGAGGUGGACCUAACCAGACCGGUUCGCAAGGACCUUUUAACACGACCUCCACGCCGCCGAGACCUCCUUCGGGACCCGGUACUUCCACCUUGCAAAUCAAUCAAGCACAGCAGCUGCACAUCGGUAACCAGAUACAGGUGUCGGCGGGGCAACAUUUACAGGUCACGAGCGAGCUGAAACCGGUCGUGUCUGUCGCGGCGCAACAGGGCAUGUACUUCAACCAGCAGCAGACGCAGAAUCAGGCCGGGCCAUCGGCUAAUCAGGCCGACGCCUACUGCUCGGUCUCGCAGUCCCAAACCAUCAAUUUCACUCAGCAGAGCCUAAGGCAGCGGGCGACGGCCGCGGCCGCCGGCGGAAUGCCGCAGCCAGUAUACGCCGAUUUUCGAACCAUCGUCGGAUACAACUUCGAACUCGAAGUCUUACCUUUCGAAGUGAUGCAGCAGCAGCAGCAGCAUAUGGCAGGUGGAAUGGGAAGCGUAAGGCCGCCACCGCCCGAAUACAAGGCCGCAGCCCAGGCACAGAUGAUGCAUGCUAGUAUCGGUAUGGGUCAGCAAGCGAGGUUUGCAAAUACUGGGCCCAUGCGCAGAGUUACGCAACAACCUAUGCCACCGUCGGGUCCGAUGAUGAGGCCGCAAAUGGCGCAACAACAGCAGCAGCAGGCGUUACACGCGGCCGGCGGUAAUAUGUACAUGGGCGGCGGUGGGAUGGCUGCCAUCGGCAAUAUGCAUCAGAUGCAUCAACGGCUAGGCUACCCGAGAACCAACAAUCAACGGCCGCCCAACGUUAGCGUUGGACCUCCGGACGGCCUUGGAAACAGCAUCGCGGCUCGCGGCGCCCAGCAGGACCAAUGGCGACACGCGGUUUUGAUGCAACAACAGCAGGGCUUUCAGGCGCAAAUGCGCUCGCAAUUCAACCAGCAAAGUCACCAAGGUGCUUUCGGCAUGGGUGGUGCGGGCAACACAAUGCAAAUGACUGCGGCGCAGAUGCAACAUCAACAGUUAAUUCGUUCGCAAAACGGCGGCAUAGCUGGUUCGGGGAUGUCCAAUAGCACGCAGAUGCAACAGCUGUUGACGCAACAGCACCAACAACAAACGCUGGCUAUGCAGCAGAAUAACAAUCAGAUGUCGUUGCAGAUGCAGAUGUCACAGACAACGUCUGUAAAUUCAGUCAACGUUACUGGGACCGGUUCUCCUCUGCAUCCACAUCAACAGUAUGGCGCAGGUAGUCCUGGAGUACGUAGUCUACCGCCACCGCAGCAGCACACUCAGCCGCCACCACCGGCCACCACUACGGAUCCGUCCGUUACGGCCCCUGACUUUACCCUCGAAUUCUUGGAGAACCUUCCUACAGGAGAUACGUCGAACUUUAGCGCCCAAGAACUGCUUAAUUCUCUCGACUCUACGGCCGGUUUUAAUCUCGAUAUUCUGUAA